UGCUGUUCUGCGGUUAUUAUUUCUCCAUACAGGGCUAUUUAAUAAAUAUUUAUGCUACAUCUUAGUAAUAUAAAACAGAGACAAACCCAAAGAAGAAGUGUGAAGUCAUCUUUUAUUUUGUAACCCAUUGUUUUGGUAACUCCCCCAGUGUCUCGUGGGUUUGCGCAGAUCACGAACCGUCACGAGUAUCAUCGGCACUUCCGCGUUCAAAGACUCUUGUGAGGAGCACUGCGCACGGAGCUCGUCUCAUCAUGAUCACCAAAUUAAACUUGUGCUGUUUUAUUCUGUUUUUUAUGUUUAUGUGUUCGUCUGCGCAAUAUGUACCACCGUACACAGAAGAGUGCAGAAGUGGUAUGUAUCCUCCAAACGGCCCGACAUUUAAAGGCGAUGUGUCCUGGUAUACUGUUAAUCUGGAUUUACCACCAAGCAAAAGAUGGAACGAUAUCAUUACAGCCAAAAAGAAUGAUAUGGUGAGCAUGAUUCAGGCUAUCAGAGAUCUAGCAGACGCCUUUGUUCCCAGUGGAAAGCUCAUUGAUCUAGUAGACAAGGAAUUGCCUUUGAUGGUGGACACCCUGCCUUACCCAUUCAAUGAGGAGAUCAGAGGAAUAGCAUCAGUGUCUGGUGUUCCUUUGGGUGAGGUGGUGCUCUUCAACGUAUUUUAUGAGGUGUUCACCGUAUGCACUUCUCUGGUUGCAGAGGAUGUCAAUGGCAAUCUAAUCCAUGCCAGGAACCUGGACUUCGGACUUUUCAUGGGAUGGGAUUUGAAGAACAGGUCAUGGGUCAUCACAGAGAAGCUGAAGCCACUGGUUGUCAACAUUGACUUCAGACGCAACAACCAGACUGUUUUUAAAUCCGCCAAUUUUGCAGGAUAUGUGGGCAUGUUGACCGGUAUUCAUCCGCACUCAUUCACCCUUACUAUGAAUGAACGAUUCAGUCUGGAUGGUGGCUACAUCGGGAUUCUGGAGUGGAUCUUGGGAAAGAGAGACGGCAUGUGGAUGAGUUUCCUGACUCGUUCUGUACUGGAGAACGCAACUAGCUAUGAAAGUGCCAAAGCUCUGUUGUCUGACACGAAGCUGCUGGCUCCAGCGUACUUUAUCCUCGGAGGAAACCAGACAGGUCAAGCCUGCAUUAUCACCAGAUCCAGAACACACAGCCUCAAUCCACUGGAGCUUGAUGUAAAGAAUGGCAGGUGGUAUGUGUUGGAGACUAACUACGACCACUGGAAAGAGCCUCUGUUUCUUGAUGACCGCAGAACACCUGCUAUGAAAUGCAUGAAUCAGACCACACAGGCUGGUAUCUCCAUAAAAACAGUCUACGAUGUCCUGUCCACCAAGCCAGUCUUAAAUAAAUUGACCACAUAUACUACCCUCAUGGAGGUGUCUAAGGGAACACUGGAGUCUUACAUCCGUGACUGUCCUAACCCCUGCAUGCCGUGGUGAGGGACUCCAUCUGAGACGGUCUUCUGUACAGCGAGAAAAAGAAGAA